GACUUCGUCCCACCCACUCCUUCCGUACCGCACCCUGCCGCUACCAUUGUGGGUGGACUCUGCCGUCUCUUUCUCUACCUACUGCCACAGUAUAUAUACAAAAUACAGACGCUCACGCACACUCCCAUAAAUCGAAAACCCAUGGAUCCCCAGCAGCAGGAAACCCCCACAUUGGGAGCCAGUGAUAAGGCUCUUCAGGAUGCAAGUUACUCUCUCUCUCGAUCCAGUCGCAAGGCUACCCCACUCACAAACGACUAAUCGGAACCCGUAGGAACUCUCCACCCUUCGAAUCUUCCGUGCAACGCUGGAGUCUGUGAAACAAGUCGUCGACGGAAUUCAUCGUGAUACGGUGACUGCGAAGGAGAAUUGUGGUGCUGUCGUUGGUACGUUAUCCCCCCCCCUUCUUUCUCGUCGCCCCAACCCGUUUCUGCCUGAGGUACCGAGGGAGGGGGCGGAGGGGUUGAUACAUACUGUAGACUAACGAAACCCCCCCAUUGCCCCCCUUAACCCCCUCCUCCGCACCCUUCGCUCCGCUACCAUAUCCAUAUGCUAGGAGCGGAGGUGUUGAGUUGGUGGGUCGGGGUGUACUGUACUGUGGGGAGCGAUAUUGUAGACUUGACGAAGCGUUGGGAGGAGGUUAUUCUGGAAACGUCGUCUUCGGCCUCUGCGGCAGCUGAGCCAGUACCGGGGGGGGCAGCAGGUGUGUCACCAUCA